AUAUUAGGGGUGGUCUCGAAAGAGUUGCAGGGGCGGUAUAAAUUAGGCGUCCGCCGUCUUUGUUCGCCAUUGCGCACGUUUGUUUGACCAAGCAUUCUCCAGAGUUGCAGGCAUGGCUGAAGCAGACCGUCCCGGGAAGCUUUUCAUCGGCGGCCUGAACACGGAAACAAACGAGAAGGCCCUUGAACAAUAUUUCAGCAAAUAUGGAAGGGUUGUUGAAGUGCUCUUGAUGAAAGACCGAGAAACCAACAAAUCAAGAGGAUUUGCAUUUGUGACUUUUGAGAGUCCUGCUGAUGCAAAAGAUGCAGCCAGAGAAAUGAACGGGAAGUCUUUGGAUGGGAAACCUAUUAAGGUGGAGCAAGCAACCAAACCAUCGUUUGAAUCUGGGCGUCGUGGCCCUCCAAUGCAGGCAAGAAGUAGAGGACCACCAAGAGGGCUGAGGGGUAGCAGAGGAGGGCCAAGUGGAAUGAGAGGGCCACCAACUAGAGGAUUAUCCUCUAGAGGCCCACCUCCCAUGAAAAGAGGACCACCUGUUCGCAAUGGGGGGCCUCCACCAAAAAGAUCUGCACCUUCAGGCCCUAUGGGAAGAAACCCCAUGUCCCGUGAGAGAGAUCCAUAUGGACCACCUCGCAGAGAUGCUGUGAUGUCUAGGAGAGACGAUUAUCCUUCCCCUCGAGAUGACCACUAUAGUAGUAAAGACAGUUAUUCAAGUCGAGACUACAUCAGCUCAAGAGAAGGACGAGAUUAUGCACCUCCUCCAAGAGACUAUACCUAUAGAGAAUAUCCGCACUCCAGUUCCAGAGAUGACUAUGGAUCAGUGUCCCGUGGAUAUAGUGACCGUGAUGGAUAUAACAGUGGCAGAGAACCACGGGGUUAUGUAGAACGCCCUAGUGCUGGUUCUUACAGAGAUCCAUAUGACAGCUAUGGUAACUCGCGCAGCGCCCCUCCCUCGCGGGGGCCCCCACCAUCCUACGGUGGAAGUGGCGGAAGCAGUCGCUAUGAUGAUUAUGGCAGCAGUUCCCGGGAUGGAUAUGGAAGUCGUGACAGUUACCCCAGCAGCAGAAGUGAUCCUUACCCACCCAGCCGUGGUGAACGUAUUGGCAGACAAGAGAGGGGGCCUGCACCCCCAGUAGAGAGAGGCUACCCUCCUCGGGAUUCUUACAGCAGCUCCAGUCGUGGUGCCCCUAGGGGUGGUGGUAGAGGUGGAAGUCGUUCCGAUAGGGGUAUUGGCAGAAGCCGAUAUUAAUUGGACCAACCCCAGCACAGACCCCUCCCUUCCUGUAAAAAGUUGCAUAUUCCAUUUUUGUUUUUUGUUUUUAAAGCCGGUGGAGACUGAACUUUUCAAAAGACUGGGCAAACAAGGCUUGACUUUAUUGAGCCAUUUUUCCCCUCCAUGCCUGUUAUUUUUUGAAAGUAAUGUUUAUAGAUUUUUUUUCAUGUUAGUGCUGCAGUGAACUUUAAACAGUGGUUAAGUGUGCUUGUUCAGAACACAAAUAGAUCAUUUGUACACUCUUGCUGUUUAAUUUGCAAGUUCCAGUUUUCAUUUAUCAAUAAAGUUUUUAACAACCUUAGUCUUGAAGACCUUAAGCUUAAAAACCUUUUGUACUUUACCUUCUCAGCUUUUUUAAAAAAAAAAAAUUUUUACAGCCCAAAUCAAUUUUUCUGAACUUAAAAAAAAAAAAAAAAAAAAAAACUAGACAGUCUGGCUUGAGCCAUUUAAAAUUCAGUUGCAGAUGUCUGUAAUCUACGUUAUCAAAUUCCUGUUGGAGCUAAACUUUGUUAAAAGCAUAUGAUGCUGUUCCAAGUUCUUUACAUGGGUGUGUAGUGUCUCUCUGCUCAAAGGAUCCUCUUCAAGUGCAAAGCAUGAAUAAACUUUGGUAUACAGCGCCUAGACUCAGAACCAGACCACCAAAACUCAAGUGGCACAUUUCGACAAUCGACAGAUAAAAACAAGUUGCCUGUGACAAACUGCGGAUGGUAAGCAAAGCAAAAUUUCUUUUCGUGUAAAUGAAAUGUGAAUACAGUUACGUGAAUAGCCUUCUGCACAGUGGUUGAUACAGCAAAAAGCACUGUACAGCGACAGUGUUAAUGGCAAAAAAAAGCAGACCUGAAGCUUUCACCAUAUCGAAAAGCAAUGCUGCAGAGCCUUCUACUUUUCGUUUUUUUUUUUCCCCCCAAAUGAUUUGUUUUCCUAGAUAUUCAGGUAAUUUUAAAACUUUGUGCAGAAUCCAACACUAGACGGAUUUCUCACUUAAUGAAGGCUGUUCAUAACACAUUCUUAUAUGUGAAAGUCGAUGCCCCUUAAUUUUCCCCCUACUCCUAAAAAGGAAUUGUAAAUCUUGACAAUAUUGAAGGAUAUUGCAAUGAGUCCUGCUGUCCUAGGAGUGCAGUAUUGUUUGCUGCAACAGGAAGCCUAUAACAGGAGAGAGAAAGCUACAGGAAAAUGCCAUUUUUCAGAAAAUCAAAAAUACAAAAACAGUUCAAAUGGAACAUGUCUAAGGUGCAAUAACUUUGGAGCCAGUCUGGAACCAAGUCUUAAGUGUUUCCUUAAGUAACUAUUAUGCAUCAUUCUGAAGCAAGACUCCCUGGAAUAUGGCAACUGAGCACUGGGAAUGUGGAGACUAGUACUUUUUCUUUGUGGUAACUAUAUGCUCAUUUCUUACCUGUGUAACGAUACCUUUUUAGUGAUGUGCAUUUUUCCCCCAUUUUAGGGUGAAGACUAAGCAGCAAAAUCUGGCUAUCAGUAUGAGAUGCUUGGCACAUGUGGACCUUUGUUCAUGGAAGGAAAUGUGGUAAACGGACUCGAAUUACCCUGGAUGCAGAGAGGGGUUGAAGGAUGACCUGAUUUCAUUCCAUUUUUAUCACAAAUUCGUUUCCCAACUUUGGGUUAUCAAGUCUAAGGCUCUGUUCUUUAAUAAAAAAACUGAAUUUUUGCUUGUUAUAAAGUGCAUUGAAAUAAACCACUUAAACCUC